ACAUUUCUCCCGCUCUCACAUCUCGCACGUGACCAGUUCUCUUUCCCGAGCUUUUCUUCCCGACCUGGCCCAAUCAAAACUCGCCACGUGUCCACCGAUCAUGAUAAAGCGCUACCUAUGCCAAACGUUGUCUCGCUUCCCUGUUUGAUUUCUUUCUAUGAUUGGCGCUUCUUCACUGACUUAGAGCUGAUCCACUGCCAGUUUCUAUUUUCUCAGCUGAAACCUCUUCUUCAGAACAAUCUGAUCGUAUAUUCUCGCUAAUUAUAGUUCAAGCUCCAACCGAGGGUAAAGAAGUGCAUCAAGGAAUAUGAGCAAUACCGUAGGACAUAAUUUACUUCAACAGAGCUUGCUUCGUCCUGUGGUUUUAGAACAUCAGAGCAAGCUCCAUUCAUCUGGCACUCACCCUUACUCUUUAUAUCGACCUGGGUCUGUGACUAACUCAGCAGCCCAGAUAGGCAAAUCAUUUCUAUCUAAAAAAUUUUAUGGGAACAGUCUGAAUAAGCAGAAAGCAAGACUAACCACUGGAACAGGAGGACAAGUGAAAAUUGUCCCACAAGCUGUAUUAGCCAUGGAUCCAGCUUCUGAGCGUGCAGGAAAAUUCAACCUUGAUGGCAAUAUUGAAUUGCAGGUUGAUGUUAAGCUUGUCACACCAGGCUCAGUCAGAGAAGUUAAUAUUCAAAUUGCACACAGUAGCAACUCAUUACUUCUACAUUGGGGUGCAAUUCGUGAUAGGAAGGAAAAGUGGGUACUUCCUUCCCGUCAUCCUGAUGAAACUAAAAAUUACAAAAACAGAGCCCUCAGAACUCCCUUUAUGAAGUCUGGUUCCAAUUCCUACCUUAAAAUUGAGAUUGACGAUCCAGCAAUACAAGCUAUUGAGUUUCUUAUUUUUGAUGAAGCCCAAAAUAAAUGGUUUAAAAAUAAAGGGCAGAACUUUCAUAUAAAAUUACCCAUGGGAGAGAAGUUGCUUCCUAAGGUUUCUGUUCCUGAAGAUCUGGUUCAGGUGCAAGCUUAUCUUAGGUGGGAACGAAAGGGAAAAAGGAUUUACACCCCUGAGCAAGAGAAGGAGGAAUACGAAGCAGCUCGUAUGGAGCUAUUGGAGGAAGUUGCCCGGGGUACUUCUCUGGAUGACCUUCGGGCAAAGCUUAUGAAAAAAAAUGAUGUAUCGGAAACCAAGGAGCAUCCUGUCCAUCAAGCAAAGAACAAGAUACCUGAUGAACUUGUACAAAUACAAGCUUAUAUACGGUGGGAGAGAGCAAGAAAACCCAAUUACUCCAGAGAGCAACAACUUAGGGAGUUUGAGGAAGCCAGAAAAGAAUUACAAUCUGAACUAGAAAAGGGUAUUUCUCUUGAUGAAAUACGUCAGAAGAUAACCAAAGGGGAGAUACAGACCAAGAUUUUGAAGCAGCCAGAUCAGAAAAAAUAUUUUCAUGCAGAGAGAAUUCAGCGCAAGAAAAGGGAGCCAACACAGCUUCUUAACAAGCAAGUGGCUAAAUCUGUUGAGAAGAACUCAGAAAUUUCAGUUGAACAAAGAGCAAUAUCAGCAGUUGAGCAUUUUUUGAAGUCUAAGGAAGAACAGAAUGGAAAGUCUGUUUUCAGUAAGAAAGUCUUCAAGCUUGGUGAUAAUCAACUUAUGGUACUUGUUUCCAAGCCUGCUGGGAAGACAAAGAUUUAUCUUGCUACGGAUUUCAAAGAGCCAGUUAUUCUUCACUGGGCUUUAUCUAAAAAGGCUGGAGAGUGGUUGGUACCCCCUCCAGCUGUGCUGCCUCCAGGUUCGGUUUCUCUAAAAGAGGCUGCAGAAACACAGUUUUCAAUUAACUCUUCCACUGGUCUUCCUGGUCAGGUCCAAUCCUGCGAGAUAGAAAUUCAAGAGGAUGCUUAUGUGGGGAUGCCAUUUGUCCUCUUCUCUGGUGGAAGCUGGAUAAAGAACAAGGGCUCUGACUUCUAUAUAGAUAUUGGCCAUGGAUCAAAGCAAGUCCAGAAGGUUUCUGGUGAUGGCAAAGGUACUGCCAAGACUUUGCUUGAUAAAAUAGCAGGGUUGGAGAGUGAAGCACAGAAAUCCUUCAUGCAUCGGUUUAACAUUGCAGCAGACUUGGUUGAUGAAGCCAGACAAGCUGGAGAGUUAGGCCUUGCAGGGAUCUUGGUGUGGAUGAGGUUUAUGGCUACAAGGCAGCUCAUAUGGAAUAAAAAUUACAAUGUGAAACCACGUGAGAUAAGUAAAGCCCAGGAUAGGCUUACUGAUUCACUCCAGAAUGUCUACAAAAGUUAUCCACAGUAUUGGGAACUUCUGCGAAUGAUAUUGUCUACAGUCGGUCGAGGCGGUGAAGGGGAUGUGGGACAACGAAUUCGUGAUGAAAUCCUAGUUAUACAAAGAAAUAAUGAUUGCAAGGGUGGAAUAAUGGAGGAGUGGCAUCAAAAAUUACAUAAUAACACUAGUCCCGAUGAUGUUAUUAUUUGUCAGGCAUUAAUUGAUUAUAUUAAAAGUGACUUUGAUGUCAAUGUUUACUGGAAGACCUUGAAUGACAAUGGCAUAACAAAGGAACGUCUUUUAAGUUAUGACCGUGCUAUCCAUUCUGAACCAAAUUUUAGGAGAGAUCAAAAAGAUGGUCUUCUUCGGGACCUUGGUAACUAUAUGAGAACUCUAAAGGCUGUUCAUUCAGGUGCAGAUCUUGAAUCUGCUAUUUCAAAUUGUAUGGGCUACAGGUCUGAGGGUCAAGGUUUCAUGGUCGGGGUGCAGAUAAAUCCCAUUUCAGGCCUGCCAUCUGAGUUUCCAGAGUUGCUUCACUUUGUCCUUGAGCAUGUUGAAGACAAAAAUGUUGAACCGCUUCUUGAGGGUUUGCUUGAAGCUCGUCAAGAGCUCCGGCCAUUGCUAUUAAAGUUCCAUGAUCGUUUGAAGGAUCUGUUAUUUUUGGACAUUGCUCUUGAUUCUACUGUUAGAAUAGCAAUUGAAAGAGGAUACGGGGAACUGAAUACCACUGGACCAGAGAAACUUAUAUAUUUCAUCACACUGGUUCUUGAAAAUCUUGCACUUUCAUCAGAUGACAACGAGGAUCUCAUUUAUUGCUUGAAGGGAUGGAAUCAUGCCCUAAACAUGUUCAAGGGUAAAAAUGGUCACUGGGCUUUAUAUGCGAAAUCAGUUCUUGACAGAACUCGUCUUGCACUUGCUACUAAGGCUGAGUGGUACCAGCAAGUUUUACAACCAUCAGCAGACUAUCUUGGAUCACUUCUCAAUGUGGAUCAGUGGGCUCUUAAUAUAUUCACAGAAGAAAUCAUUCGUGCUGGAUCAGCCGCAGCUUUAUCCUCACUCCUUAAUCGACUUGAUCCUGUUCUUAGAAAAACUGCGCAUUUGGGAAGUUGGCAGGUUAUCAGUCCAGUCGAGGUUGUAGGAUAUGUCUGUGUUGUGGAUGAGUUGCUUUCUGUACAGAAUGAGUCUUACGACCGACCAACAAUAUUAGUAGUAAGAAGUGUAAAAGGAGAAGAGGAAAUUCCUGAUGGUGCAGUUGCCGUGCUGACACCUGACAUGCCAGAUGUCCUCUCUCACGUCUCUGUGCGUGCCAGAAAUUGCAAGGUCUGCUUUGCUACAUGCUUUGAUCCCAACAUUCUGUCAGAUCUCCAGGCAAAUGAGGGGAAACUGUUGAGACUAAAACCUACUUCAGCAGAUAUAGUCUAUAGGGAGGUAAAUGAGGAUGAGCUAGCAGAUUCAAGUUCAAGUAACUUGAAAGAUGUCAUUUCAUCAUCUAUUACAUUGGUCAGAAAGCAGUUUGGUGGUAGAUACGCCAUAUCAUCCGAGGAGUUCACAAGCGAAAUGGUUGGUGCUAAAUCACGGAAUAUCGCUUAUCUGAAAGGGAAACUGCCUUCAUGGAUUGGAAUUCCUACCUCUGUUGCUCUGCCAUUUGGAGUAUUUGAGAAGGUCCUCUCUGAUAAGUCAAAUCAGGCAGUGGCUGAUAAGUUGCAAAUACUGAAGAAAAAAUUGGGAGAAGGACAAUAUAGUGCUCUUGCGGAGAUUCGCCAAACAGUGCUGCAGUUGGUAGCACUGCCCGAACUGGUGCAAGAACUGAAAACCAAGAUGCAAAGUUCUGGCAUGCCUUGGCCAGGUGAUGAAGGUGAAAAGCGAUGGGAGCAAGCAUGGAUGGCUAUAAAGAAGGUUUGGGCUUCAAAAUGGAAUGAAAGAGCAUACUUCAGUACAAAGAAAGUGAAAUUGGAUCAUGAUUACCUCUGUAUGGCUGUCCUUGUUCAGGAAAUAAUAAAUGCUGAUUAUGCAUUUGUUAUCCACACAACUAACCCAUCUUCAGGGGAUUCAUCAGAGAUAUACGUUGAGGUGGUGAAGGGACUUGGAGAGACUCUAGUUGGAGCCUAUCCAGGCCGUGCAUUGAGUUUUAUCUGUAAGAAGAGCAACCUGAAUUCACCGCAGUUGCUAGGUUACCCAAGCAAACCCAUUGGUCUCUUCAUAAGACGUUCCAUAAUCUUUCGCUCUGACUCUAAUGGUGAAGAUCUUGAAGGGUAUGCUGGUGCAGGCCUUUAUGAUAGUGUCCCGAUGGAUGAGGAAGAGAAAGUCGUGCUUGAUUAUUCAUCUGACCCUUUGAUCACUGAUGGAAACUUCCAGCAAUCAAUUCUCUCCAGCAUUGCUCGUGCAGGAAGUGAAAUUGAGAAGUUGUAUGGAUCUCCACAAGACAUUGAAGGUGUAGUCAGAGAUGGGAAAAUUUAUGUUGUCCAGACAAGACCUCAAAUGUGAUCUUCAAAUUUUCCAGUUUGCACUUUUCCUUGUGGCAGUUGCUGAUGGCAGAGAUAUUACAAGUAGGAGACAGUAAAAAAGAAAGCAGAUUGGGAAAGAAAGAAAACUAAAUAAGGAAAAAAAAAGGAAAAUAUAAUACAAAGUAGAAGAAAGUUAUAGAUGUAAGUGGAAGCUUUUCAUGUAAUUUAUCCAGGGCGUCAGACUGUAUAGAACAGUUUAUUUGGCUGUCCAGUGAGCCAACAUAACACUGUUGUAUAUUCUUUAAAGGCGCCUGUAUUAAUCUCAUAAAUAAUGCAUUGAUUUA